GCGCAUGCGUAUUGCUGAAGCUCCACGAAAGCAGAAAGAUGGACUACUUCCGAAAGUAUUUGAGUACACCUCAAGGGACUGCUGGGCAGCCCACGGGUGUUGAAACGGUUGAACGUCUUGUGGAUAGGGUACAGUCUUCUACCUUACUCGAUGACAGAAGAGAUGCAGUCAGGGCACUUAAAGCCAUGUCAAAGAAAUUUCGCUUGGAAGUUGGAACACAAGCAAUGGAUGUAUUGGUACAAACACUGGAGACAGAUAGGAGUGACUCUGAAAUAACAGGAUAUGCACUGGAUGCUCUUUGUAAUGUUUUAUCCAAUGAACCUUUAGAUGAUGACGAUGAAUCCAAUAUGCCAGCUAACCUUCCAGGAGAUUUAGGAGCCCAGUUUACAGAGAUAUUUACUAAAAAACACGAAAAUGUUUCAUUGCUGCUUUCCCUCUUGGAGGAAUAUGAUUUUCAUGUGAGAUGGCCAACAGUAAAGUUACUGACUAUUCUACUGACCAAUAAAGGCAAAGAUCUACAGGAAGCCAUCCUCGUCAGCCCUAUGGGAGUCUCCAAACUAAUGGACUUGUUGUCCGACAGCAGAGAAAUCAUCCGCAAUGAUGCAUUGCUGUUACUUACCCAGCUAACCAAGGGCAACACAAACCUUCAGAAGAUUGUGGCAUUUGAGAAUGCUUUUGAGAGAUUGCUGGACAUUGUGCGAGAUGAGGGCAACAGUGAUGGAGGUAUAGUAGUAGAGGAUUGUCUUCUUCUGCUGACUACACUUUUGAAGAAUAACUCGUCCAACCAGAAUUUCUUCCGAGAAAGCAGCUACAUUCAGCGCCUCACCCCCUACUUUGACCUAGAUUCACAGCACACCCAUUCACAGGCAGGCUGGUCUGCCCAGAAAGUGACCAACCUUCAUCUCAUGCUGCAGCUGGUGCGAUGCCUUGUGUCCCCCAACACUCCCCAGCAACAGGUCACGGCCUGUCAGCGGACCAUGUUCCAGUGUGGUUUAUUGAAACAGCUUUGUACGAUUUUGAUGGCCAGUGGGGUUCCUGCUGAUGUCUUGACAGAAACCAUCAAUACCGUUGCAGAGGUCAUAAGAGGGAAUUUACAAAACCAAGAAUAUUUUGCCUCUGUUAUGGCUCCUUCAAAUCCUCCAAGACCUGCCAUAGUUGUUCUGCUGAUGUCUAUGGUGAAUGAGAAGCAGCCCUUCCCCCUGAGGUGUGCGGUACUGUACUGCUUCCAGUCCUUCCUGUAUAAGAACGAGGUGGGCCAGUCUCAGAUCGUCACCACUCUACUGCCCACCUCCUCAGAUGCAAACCAGAUAACAGCUGGACAGUUACUUUGCGGUGGUUUGUUCAGUGCCGACUCCUUAUCCAACUGGUUUGCAGCGGUGGCAAUGUUGCAUGCCAUCCAGGAUAAUGGCACGCAGAAGGAGCAGCUGUUACGAGUGCAGCUAGCAACCAGCAUCGGCAGUCCCCCGGUGUCUCUGUUACAGCAGUGCUGCAAUAUACUGGCACAGGGCGGGAGGUUCCAGACCCGGGUAGGUCUGCUGCAGCUGCUGUGUGCCUGGAUGAUUGACUCCCCCAUCACUGUGGCUCACUUCCUCGCCAACACCGCCAACGUACCAUAUCUAAUUACACAAGUUUCAGCCUCUGACAGUGAUGAGAAUGAGUCCAUUGUGCAGGGUCUGUGUGCUUUCCUUCUGGGGAUUACUGUUCUGUAUAAUGAUGAACAGAAUGAAACAUUUAAUAAGAGUUCACUUAGACAAAUUAUUGAAAAAAGAAUAGGACUAGAAACUUUUACAGAAAAAUUAUCACAAGUUCCUAAGAAUGAAAGUUACACGAAAGCAGCGAAAAAACCACACGUUAGCUACAAGCAGUCAAGUGAAGUUACCUUUGAUUAUGAAUUCACAAGGAUAUUUAAAGCUUUAGAGGUGGAUGCUUUAGAUGCUGUAUCAACUGAUGCCGGGAGGAAGGAAAAUAAAGCAAAGUUAGCAAAUCUUCAACAACAUGAACUGGUGGUCAACCAGUAUAAAGACAUCAUACAAGAACAGGAUCAAAGACUGAAUGAUCUUCAGCAGCAGUUCCUAGAACUCCAGUCCAAACAUUCCAUGUCCGGGGAAGAGAUCCGACAGCUGAAGGAUCAGGUGCAGCAGCUCAAGGACCAGAACUCCCUGCUCAAAGUUCAAAAAGGUGCUCAGAGUAAUCCAGCAGCUGAUGCCAGAAAGGACGAGGAGAUCCGCUCCUUGCAAGACCAGCUGGAGAAGAUGAGAUUAGACAACGCCAACAAAGACUCGGCCAUAGAGAAAUUAAAAACAGAUGUUACAGUUCUUGAAGCUAGAGUUGUAAAUAGUUCAGAGGAGGAUAAAGAAAAUAUUGUUCCAAGUGAAUCAGAAAUUUUACAAAACACCAUUAGUAGACUUCAAAGUGAUUUACAAGAACUUCGAACAAGUGCAGCAGAAAAAGAUAACGAAAUUAGCCGUUUAAGUGUUCAAAACAAUGAGGCUGAGGGUCAGAUUCAGUCUCUGAAACAAAGAUUAGAGAGCAAUGCUGAAACCCAGGCAGAUCCAGCCCAACUUGCCAAACUAAUGGAGGAAAAAAUGACAUUACAAGAAAGAGUUAAAAAGUCAAAUGAAGAGAAUCUAAAGCUACUGGAUAAAUUCAAUAAAAUGGAGGAAGAGAAGAAUAGUGUAGUGAGCGAGAAGGAGGGAGUCCUAGAGGAACUAGAUACGCUGAAGAAGGAACAGGAAGACUUACUGGUGCUGCUGGCUGACCAGGACACAAAGAUCGCCAACUACAAGAAACUACUGAAGGAGAAUAAUAUCCCUGUGGAAGAUGAUGAUGACGAUGAAGAUGAUGAUUUAGAUGACGAUUUGGAUGAUGAUUAAACCAAGAUUGAUUCGACUGAAUUUUAGAAUGGGAAAAAGAUAGUGCAAAAGGAUUUGAUAUUUUACAUGUGCAUGUAAUAUCAAAAACAGGUCAAGUACCUGUAUACCAUAAUGGAGAAAAUGACAGCUUGUUUUAAAGAGAUGAAUCUUGUCUGUGAUAGAAAGAAUGUUUAUAAAAAGUGCAAUUGUUCAAGAACAUUUAUUUGAAAACCAGCAAUUAGUAGUUCCUUAUAGAUUUCUACCAUACACAUGAUACGUGAAAACCAAUCUUCAUGUACAUUAAUCGGUCUUGUUCAUGUGUGAGAGAUGGAAGUUUUAGCUAUGUAUGUUUGAAAAUUAAAUGAUUUUAGAAUUAUUUAUUCAAUGCAUGUACAUACACAUUAUAGUCUUUUUUUGGAUGAUGUAAUGAAAUGGUACAUAUUUAUUGUACGAGGUUGUUAAAAAAUAAAAGCAUAAUUAAAAGAACAUA